CGUGCUAAUAAAGUGGUCAAGCGACCACGCUCUGAAGAUCAGGAGGCGGAAGUUAAAGACAGUUUAGCCUGGCUGAAGGACAACGUAGAGUUGUCUGAUGAAUUAAAGUACCACUGGGACAACACGCGUGUCUAUCGCAAGAAAUGGUUGGCUGUGCAACGAUAUCCACUUGUAACCGACGUGUUAGAUGACUGGCCGAUUCUCAAGUCUCCAAUUGCUCCAGUUUUAAUUGAUAUCGACUUUGAUGCCUUGGGAAUUACCGAGAGAGAUCGAAUUCAGUACUGGGAUCAAUUUUUCACUGCUGUUCGUAACUAUUUCGGUAAAAAGUCCAUUGACAACGUCGGACAAGGUUUACUGAGCUUGAUCGAUUUAGAGACAACAAGUACUAACGGCAGAGUUUUGUGCCAAUUGUGGGCGUUGAACAGCUUUUGUGCACCUAAGGGCAGAAUUCCAAAGGCUGAUUUUGGAUCCUCUUCCAAUGCCAAGCGAGCAUCCAUUCUAGAGGCAAAAGAGAGUAUGCUGAUCCACGUAUCUCGAGAGGAUGAUAUCAAAGUAGCCCAACAAGGGAAAAUUAAAGGAGCUGGAAGACAGCAUGUGCAACCUUACUUGAUUGUCGUUGGGAGCCACGUAGCUUCAGCUGAGAAAUUUUUUGUCGCCCUUGAUAAUUACAUAUAUCCAGUCAGCAGUGCAUUGAAAGCGAUAGAUACUUGCUUCAAAAUCUUCCAUGUGUUGGAUGCAUUUUACCCACCUCAGAGUCAUCAUCUCUGGUUACUCAUCCAGCGAGGUUUGUACCAAUUCUCUACCCUGACUGAUAUCAAGAUUCCUCAUAUGACCAAAGCCAUAGCAAAAGUGGCAUCCCUCAAAUAUGAGACCAUAUACGCGUAAGAGAACUUACGCGCUCUACCCUCAAUACUUUUCUUCUAAGAAAAAAAUGAUUGUUGUGAGUGAAACUCUUCUAUAAAUUUUGCUUUCCACUGUAGUGCCUUUCAAGCAAUGUAUCGUCCAGUAGAGUUCAUAAUAUAGACGAAAGAUUUUUAUAAAAUUAGCAUUAGACAAUUCCCUUAAAAAAUGGAGCAUUCAUGUCCUUAUUGUAAGCAAAAAUUUACAAUCAGUAAAUGUCUUCCACAUGUGCGGUCGCAGCACAAAAAUUUAUUGCUUUUAAAAUUUAACUGUCCACACUGCGAAAGAUGUUUCAACGAUAUCUACGGAUUGCAUCAACACCUAAGAAUUUUCCAUUCAAAACAGGAUAAGACUCCUGAAAAACUCGGUAAUAGUGUUCAACAGACAACAAGUAAAUGUGAGAAUCCUUCAGGAGUAGGGCAACCGAAAAAACGAAAAUUGAGCUCUGAUCAAUUUAUUUGCCAAGCUAAUACUAUCAGUUGUAAAAGUAUAUUUUCGAGAAAUUCUGCUUUCGAUUUCGAUUUAUUCUACGAGCAGCUUUUCAAUUCAGUCAUGGAAUUUUCUGCUAGGUUAUUCGAUGACAGAAACUUGUGUAGAUCAUCAGCUCUGGAGUUGAUUAAAAAAGCCAGUUUUUUAACAUCCACAAUACUUUCAAAAUUUGUACCACUCUUCAAGAAUUCCCAGUAUUCUUCGGAUUUCACUGUAAUUCGUGAAAUCGUUGAACGCUGUUUUUCUGAGUUCAGCACAGAAUAUCGAAUUACAGAAAUAUUUAAGAAAACUAGUUAUUUCAUCCCUCCUUCUUCCAAAACACUUGAACUCCGUUUAGUUUCCACUCGUCGCAAUUCCAAGCAAAAUUUGGAAAGAACAAAGACCAUAAAACUGGAAAUUGUUCCCAUGGCUUCAGUUCUAGAAAAAAUUUUAUCUCUACCGAACGUUCUCAAUACGAUACUAAAACACGUGGAAGAAUGCAAAGCGUCUGAAGAUUUAAUAUCACCGGUGCAAGGAGAAACUUGGAAACAAAUUGAGAGCAAAUAUGAGGGGAAAAUUGUUUUUCCAUUAGUUAUUAUUGCAGACGAUUUUGAAAUAAAUAAUCCGUUAGGUUCACACAAAGUAGUUAACAAAGUGUGUGGGGUGUAUUUUUCAUUGCUCGGGAUUCCGAAUCAAUCUGCUGGGAAACUGGAAAAUAUAUUCUUAGCCCAAUUAUACAAAACCAAAGAUUACAGUCGUUCUAUGAAUGGAAAUAUUUUUUCACACGUGAUUAACCAAGUGAUUAAACUAGAAACGGAGGGGAUUUCACUCAAGUUACGGAAUCAACAGGAAGUCCAGGUUUAUUUCGCUUUAUUAAGUAUUCUCCGGGAUAACUUGGGUCAAAAUUCCAUUCUAGGUUUUUCGAUCAAUUUCAAUGAUGACUUUUGCUGUCGCAUGUGUUGCAUGAAACAAGUGGAGUUUCAGAAAGCGAGCGUGGAAAAUCCAGAUUUGUUAAGAACGCGAACAAAUUAUUCUAAGGAUGUUCGAUCUGGUGAUAAUGGCGUGCAGCAAGAAUGUGUUUUUAAUGCCAUUCCAAGUUACCAUUCCAUUGAUAACAUGUCCGUGGAUAUAACACAUGAUAUUUUGGAGGGGGGGGAUCGAGAAGUUAUGGGGAAAAUUGUCCAUUGCUUGAUAAAAAAUGAUAAACUCUUGACUCUAGACGUAUUAAAUUAUCGAAUGAAAUGCUUUUGCUAUAACUCGACAUAUGGUUUGAAUAAACCACCCUCAAUUAAGGCGUCAACUCUUUCGAAGAAACAAGUCUCAAUGUCUGCUGCGGAAAUGAGUGAUUUUAUUAAAUUCUUAGUGUUUUAUAUCGGUGAUCCCGUACCAGUAGAAAAUGAAGCUUGGCAAUUAUAUUUAUGACACCGUUCUGUAAUGU